AUGCAGCGGCUAAGUGAGCGCGACCGAGCCAUCUUGGACAGCAUCUUUGACCCGUUUCAACCGCUGGGCACCGACGCCACAUCCGGCCUGGAGAACGAAGACCUCGUUUCAGAAGCGGAAGAUGGCACUUCUCUCGAGCCCGCGAUUCAAGACGUCGUGAAGCGCGCCAUUUCAGCAUCAGAGGGUGAACAUUUCGAGGAGGCUUUCAGGCUCUUCGGGGAAGCUUUGAUGGCAAAUCCAAACUCGGCGGCCAUUUUGAACGACAGAGCACAAGCCUUGAGAUUGGCGGGCCGAGACCUAGAGGCCAUGGAAGACUUGAACGCCGCCGUGGGAUUCAGCGAGGGUAAAGGCAGAGCCGGCGUUCGCGCACUUUGCCAAAGAGGGGUGCUUUACAGGAAAGCGGGCAGAACGGAGGAGGCGAGAGAAGAUUUUACGAGGGCUUCCAAGGCUGGCUCGAGUUUCGCCCGUAGCCAGCUCGUCGCCUUGAAUCCAUACGCCGCCAUGUGUAACGCAAUGCUGAGAGAAGUGGCCCUCAAGUCCGGUGAAUCCUGAACUCUCUGCUGGAAAAUAGGAAAAUAGAAUGUAGAAAUAUACUCUGUAAAUAAAGUUAACACCAUAGUCAAGCGCA